AUGGGGUACGGACAGAAGAAGAAGCGGCGUCAACGGGAGGAAAUUCCUGAGCAGACGUCGUCGAUAUGGUACCUCCUGUGUAUCUGCGUCAUUGCUGGAGCCGGCCUGUCGGUCGUGGGGAUGAUUCUGAGUACGUGGCGGAAUGGAGCAGCGAUUCAGUACCGCUACAUGUUCCGCAGUAAAGAGCGGACGGUAUCUGUCAGCGAGACCUCGUACGGUUUAUAUAACAUCGUUUACGAUGGAGGCGGUGCUUACAUAAGUUGGACGCAGCGCGUCUCGGACAUCACGACGCGAGGGAACGCAGCCAUCCAAAUUGGCCAGCAGGCGACGCAGUCCAAUGCGCAGUUCCAGGCCUGGGCGACGCAGUGUCCGGCUCAGUGUCAGGACGCAAUUAGUACGCGCAUUUCGUGUUACAAGCGCAUCAGCACGAUCUCGACGAUUUUGCUGGGUGCACUGUCGGUGGGCGGGGCGCUCGGACUCAUUGGAGUCGGGUGGUUCUUCAUGUUCGGGAAACUGGCGUACCUGCAGAUGGCCUGCUGGUUCUUAGCGGGCGCCGUCUGCUACGGGUGUCUGGGGUAUUGGAUCUGGGAGACAGAUACGUGCUGGAGAAUGAUUGUUGCCGGCCAGCAACUGCCGUACCCGGCAGUCGGCAUGCCGUGGUACCUGACGCUCGUCAGCAGCGGGUUGUACGUCGUUGCGGGCGUUGGAUCUUUCUUUGCCGAAAUGAUCGACACGUACAACGAGAAGAAAUUGAAGGACCAGGCGCAGAUGCGAUUGAUGAUGGAGGCAGGCGACGCGUUCGACGGCUUCUUCGGCCCGGGCGUGCCAGGAAUGGGUCAACCCGGGAUGGGGCCGCCUGGGAUGGUUGGAGCGCCGCGACCGCCCUCGAUGAUGAUGCCGCCCGCGAUGGGGAUGAUGGGUCCGCCUGGCGUCCGCGGCCCCAGAGGGGGAUCGGGUAUCGGUCCGGCAGGCGUGGGAAUGAUGGGGAUGCCCGGGGGACCGGGAAUGGGACCGGGGAUGAUGCCCCCGGGGAUGAGGCCGCCGUCGCCUUCCCCGAGCUUCGGACCAGGACCGAACUUCGGUCCCCGGCCAGGCUUCGGACCCCGACCAAGCAUGGGCGGCUGGGGGUGA